ACGUGUUAUGUGUAGCAAAGAGAUUUCUUACGAUGUAAGGCUCUUUGAUAUUUUUUUUUUAACAAAAAAUUAAGUGCUAGGUGUGAAAAAAGUCAGUUUCGUCCGAAGCUGCCCAGGAGGUGACAGGGACUCGAGAGGGACAUGGCAGUGGAGUGGGCACUUUUACCCUCCGAAAUAUCGCGUCUUGUUUACGGAUUUCUACUUGAAGAGAAUUGCAAGAAAACAGCUGCAAUUUAUUUAAGCGAAUGUCCAAAUUUAGAAGAAUGUCGUUAUGUCGUGUCUCAAGGAAAACACUUUGUCAGUACGCAUCAUACUUUGGCUUUGACUGAAAUUUUAGAAAAGUUUUGUCAGAUCAACGAAAUUGUCCAAAAACAAGUUGAAAAAUCAAACAAAUUGAAUGGGGUUAAAAAGUAUAAUGAUAUUGUGGUACUCAUUAAAUUGCUGUUUGAAGAAUCUAAAAUUCAACAAUUGCAUAACAGCAGCAAUGGCCCUUUUGAUUUUUUCAACAAGCCAAGUGAUUCUGGUGAAAAUGAAAAAGCAACUACUCAAAAAAGGAUGUCCGAUGCAGAAUCACAAACUGAUGGGGAGCUCAGUCAAAUACAAAACAGUAGCACCAUAGAAUCUUUUUUAAGGAAUUUGCAUAAUCGUACCGAAAAUUCUAAUACCCAAAAGCGCAGUAUUGGUAAAUCCAAGUCUUUGUGGGAAAUAACCAAUUUAAAUGCUAACUAUAGCUUGCCACCAAAAAUUCCUAAAAACAGUAUUAUUGAUAAGACUACAGAACGUCAAAAUAAAAAUGUACCAAAUGACAGAUGCACAGUUCCAAUGACAAAUAAUGCUCUCGAAAGUAAUGACGAAAGUUCAAGGGUAGUAAAAAAUUCAUUAGUUCAAGUUCCUGAAACUGAGACACGUAGUAAGAUAAUCCAGAAUAAGGAGACUGAUCAACAUUGUGAAAAUACUGAAGCAAAAACGUUUGAUGAAGAAUUACCUAAUCCAAAAGAACCUCAGCACGGUUUUAAUUUAUCAAAUAAGAACGCUGCAUUAGAGCUUGGAAAAAAAAUAGCUGGCAACGGAAGUACUUCGCUUGAAAAAACAGAGGAAGCAAGAGAUUCAACUCAAAAUCAUGUGGGAAUUGAAAGGAAUGUGAGAGUUGAAAAAGCACAAGUAGAUCAGGAAAAUAUUAUUGCAGAAUCUAUUCAAACAAACUUGCCUAGUACUCCAAGUAGUACGUUGGAUGGAAAAAGUAGCAAUCAACCAGAUAUUUUGGAAAAGCCUAACAAUUUUACAGAAGCACCUAUGGAACAUGAUGGCUUGUUAAAAGAGCAAAGUGCCAUUGUGCCUAAACAAGUGGAUACAUAUUUCAAGGAAAAAAUUGCGAAAACUCCAACUUGUAACUUGGAAAACAAAACUAAUGAUACAAUAAGUCUUCUACAGUCACCUAAUGUUCACGUAAAAUCAGCAUCCAAGUCAAACGCGUUGUUUCAUCACAGUAAUACCCUAACUUCGACACCAAUUAAAACGAUGACAGCUACCAGUAAUUAUUCUAUUGACGACUGGUUCUCGCUUGAAAGUUUUUCACCAAACUUGGAUAUUGUAAAAAACAGUCGUCCUUCAAAAAUGGAAACGUUCACAGCCAUCGAAACAGUAGCCACUGCCUCAAAGAAUUUAGCGUCUUCUGUCGUCAUGAAAGAAAAAGUCACUGUGAGCUGUUCCUAUACCAACACAGUAAAAGAUAAAACUCUCCAUACGCCAGACUUGGUUAUCCAACAAAUCAGUAAAGUUCCAAACAACGCAGUCACCUCUGUUGCCACCAAAGCAAGCUCUCCGCAGCCUAAGACACCAGUAAUAUCCGAAAAAAGCUCGCUAAUGCUCGACGAGCUGCUCAAACCCGGUGGCACUGUUGAAAGCAUAUCACCGCUACUUAAAGACAUCAACGGGUUCAACUACAACGACUUGGAACCAACGGCUUUGUAUGGCCAUCAGGCUGCAGUGGAAGAUCCGGUUAUCGCCCCAGAAACAGAGACGAAUAAUCAGCAAUCGUUGGACGACUCUGGUCUACAUUCUUUUUUAAAGACACAAAAGAAGACCGAAGAGAAGGAUACUGCAGUCGUUGAAAACAACAAGAUUGUAAUGAGUAGCAAAAAGACUGUCAGGCUGCCUGCGAUACCUGAAGAAAGCAUCGAGGGAGGAUCAGAAAACAAUUCAACUUUUGCUAGACAACUUGAAGCAUUCACAAAAAAUACACCGAAAGCCUUCGCUCAAAAUCAAACUAGAGAUAGACGCUGUAGUUCAUCUACUCCUAAAAAACCAAAUAAUCACAUACGUGCCCUGGACUUUGACGACCCGUACGGGCGUUCGCGAUCGGAUAGCAAAUGCAACAAUCGCCAAGUAUCGUUGGAAACACUCCUACGUCCGCUCAAGAGUUCGUCGUGCAAAUCUUUCUUGUUCAAAUCACCACCUGAAUCCAAGGAUGAUAAUAAAAAAACUGCUGAAACAAAAGCGCUGGAAAGUGGAAAAAGUCAAGAAAAUAAGGAAAAAAAGGAAAAUAAAAGCAACGAUGAGAAAUCAACAGAACAGUUUCCAUCGAAAAAAAGGGAUGAGAAAGGUGAGACGGAUUUGAAGAAAACUAAAGUUACGUCAAAAACAAAUUGGGACGAAGAAUUGAGAAAAUACGCGAGCUUGAGUGUCGAAAAAAAAAUUGAAGGGCCGCCGAGACGAAAACAUCGAAAAGUAGAGGAUCCAAGCAUGAGAUAUAAGAAGACCAAGUGCAAAGCAUCCACGUCUAAAACAAUAAAGGAAAAUAAUGAGACUUUGCCUGAAAAAUCGAAAGAAACCGAAAGUGAUAGUGUUUUAUGUGCAAACUCGAAAAACCAUAAUGCUUCUUCGUCCAUAAAUUCAACAGACAUGGAUAACCCUUCUUCCGUGAAAAAAGGCCCGCCAAAGCCGAAGAUUAGAGACAAAUCAAAACCGAAAAUAGAUAAAAAAAUAUCAAAUAGCGUAGAAAAAUCAGCGACGUCAGAUAACCAUGCUGAAGAUGACGUUCUGGAAAACGGUAGUUCUAAAACGGCUGAUUCUAAGGUUAAAACUUUGAACAAUGAAGAAAUUACAAAAAUUAACGUCGAAUCGAAAAUGUCAAAAAGCAAAGAUACACUAGGGAUUUCCCUACCUGAAAUCUCACACAACGAAAACGCGGAAAAGGUACUAGGGAUUUCCCUACCCGAAAUCUCACAAAACGAAAAUGCGGAAAAGGUAACUUCGAUACCUGAAAAUUUACAAGCCGGCGAUUUAGAAGAUCCAGAGGAUCCACUGGAAGUUUUACUAUCUGAUAAGAUUGAAGUCCACAAUGAAAGUGACGUGAUAAGACUCGCCUCGGAAGAAAUGAAAAUGUAUAACACUUUAGAAAACAACCAAGAGCUUGUAAAACUGUACGAUGAAGUCUCAAAAAACAAAAGCAUCAUUCAAAAAAUGCAAGUCGACGAGGCAAACAUGACGGCUAUGUUCUCGGACAGUGCAAAAAAUGCAAAUCUAAAAAAUUUCUCGGUAAGCCAAUUGCAAAGUAAUGAGAACACCAGCAAGGUGAACAAAUCCCCCAACACCUCGGUAGACUGCCACACAAUAGAAAGACAGUUAGGCCUAAACACACCAAAAGCCACGACCCCUAAAGCUGAAGUCAUCUACGACGAGGUGAGCAAAAUAGAAUGUGGCAGGAUCGUUCAGAAGAAGUACGCGCGGAUCAAGACUCUCGAUACGAGCGAUCUGUCUGAUGAGAGUCGUCACUUUCAGUCCAGUAGUAUCACCAAGGACUUCGACGAGCCACCUUUGUCCGUGGAUGAAUCAACGAUGAACAGCGCGUACAGAAAGUCGGAAAAGUUACGAGCUCAGGACACGGCUGUGAUUGACAAAUCGUUGACUCCUAGAGAGUUAAAAAUAUCCAAGACUCAGAAUGGCGUAGAAAAGAAGAGUGUUUCUCUGGAAGAGGCAAUUCAGAAGGAAAACCCCCAAGAGCCCAAAAAAUUGGUUGCCACUCAUUCAAAACCCGUAUCGCCGUGUAUAGAGGAUUCGAGCAGCAUGACCAUGACACAGAAACCAAGAACUCCGUGUGUACUUAGCCCAGGUAGUAACAUCAGCUUAAAUACUGCCAUUUUAAAGGUCAACAGUGAAGACUCCCACACGAUAUCCGCGCCUGUGCCAAACGUCUGCCCGCCAACUCCGAAAAUCCUUCUCACUCCUGAGAAUUCCAAAGAUAAAGCUAAUCAUCCAUCAUCGGCACCACCGCUACCAUCAUCACCGCCACUGACACCACCACCACCACCAUCACCACCACCACCAGCGGUAUCACCACAGACGGUUACAAUUGAGAAAUCUGACGUCACGCAAUUCGAGGUCGUUAAGGAGAAUCUACUCAAGAAUUUGACUUCAAAAUCUCAGUCGGAAGGAGUUGAAAAAACGGAUACUUUGAAUUUAAAAACAAAAGAAAAAGUUGAGGUGGAGCAUGACUUGACGAAUCACACUACGCUUUCGUCGAGCUCGUCGUCGUCUAAUUGUUCUACUUGUAGAUCAUCAUCAUCUUCCUCUUCCUCGGAAGAAGAAUCAGAUUCAGAUGAUGAAUCACGUCGCAGCGAGAACAAAAUAGAAAAGAGGACAGAAGAAACAAAAGUCCACGAAGAAGAUGAAAUGAAAGCAGUCGCUGCUGGAUCAAAAAGCGAAACCUCGCCGGCGAAGGUGAUGCCGAUUCACAAAACCGAUCUGGAACUAGCAGACUCGAUGAAAGAGACCCCAGCAAGGGACGAAAACGCCGAAAUUGAGAUACAUGAAACGCCAAAUGUAGCUAAACCAAUGGACAAUCCAACAAAUUUAAGCGCCAAGUUCUCGCAGAUGAUGGUUCAAAAGGAGUGCAACGAAACGGUGACACUCUCGAAGGAUAAAGCAAAGCCGAAAAUAAUAAAAAUCGAGCAUAUAAUGACCAAAGUUGUCACUGUACCAUCUUUGUCCAUGCAGAAUACAGCGUUACCCUCGACACACCAACAAAACACGAAAGAGCCAAAGCCCUACAGACAGAAAUUGAGGAUAAAGAUCGAGAAAAACGAGCAGGAGAUUAAACAAGCGGUCGAUAGCAUAAUAGGUGUACAGACAGAAGAGCUGAACGAGAUUACCCCAGAGACGCCUAUUAAAACUUCUACAGGUAGCUCAGCUGAUCUUUUGGAUUCAUCCGGCGCGAAACAGGAGCUCGUUCAGGCCAUCGAAAGUAUCACCAAGGUUAGCGGCAACGACAGUAUCGAAGCACUCGCUAAUAACGACAUCAGCAGCAGUAGCAGUGACAACGAUCUCAUGCUCGUCGUCGACGACAACUAUAACGAUUAUCAAGAAGCCAAUCACAAAACCGUGGGUAGCAGUGUCGAGAACCCGCUCAACCCUGAGCCCAAGAGCUGCGAGAAGUCAGAUGACGAAGAUUCGGUUAAAAGUUUCGGUAGUGGUGUGCUGGGUGAUUCUAAUAACGCCAAAAAGGAAAUAUACAUGAAAUUCGAUGAAUCGACGGCUAGAAGAAGGCGCAGAAAAAACUACCGCGAAGAUGAUCUGACAAUGCGAUUUAGAGAUGGAGAGUUUGAAGUGGCUAAAUGGACGUGUACAAAGCUAGAGAUAAUCUAUGAGGAGAUCUCUGAUGACCAAAAGAAGAAGAGCAAAAAGAGAAAAGCGCCGGUGGUACUGGCUGACGAUGACGAAGGCGGGAACUGUCCGGCGUUGAAAAAGGGGACGAAGCCAGCCGUUAAGCCUAAAAAGGAAACGCUUCAACGCCCCACCCGUGCCACCAAGUCGAAACAGCAAAAAUGUGAAUUUGUGUACUGAAUUGAAGAACUAAGAGAUUGAUGGAUGUCUGACAGAUAUAUUUUCUCAUAAAAUUCAUACUAGUCAAAGUUAUCGUUAAUUCUGUACAGUAAUAUUUUUCAUUGCUAAAGUGCUGCACUAGCUGUGUUCCUAAAAGACUUUAAAAACGCGAAACUUACUAUGGUAGCGUUUCACGGUUGUACAUUGUACAAAUGUAAAAAGUAUAAUAUUUAGUUAACCUAAAGAAAUUUUUACGUGAUAUACUUUUUUUAGUCAUAACUUUUUGAUAUAAAGAUAAUAAGUGUUGCAGAUUUCUUGCUCGUUACAGAAGAUAAUUGAAAAUAGUAUUUCCGAGCACAUUUAAGUAUUGUAAAACAAAAUCUUAACUUUUUCUUUGAAAUGUUAUGUUAAAAAAAAAUUUAAAAUAGAAAGUAUUUAAAUGUUAACACUACAGUUCACAAAAGCAUCUUAUUUCUGUUUGAUCAUGCUUGAUUAAAAAUCCUCUUUCAUAAUUAAUAAGCAAAACGUUUAUAAGCCGU